AUGGGCCCUGCAGGCCGCGCCUUCUGGCUGUUCCUGCUGCUGGAGACUUGCCCAAGCUCUUGUCCCAAAGAGACAGACCUGCGAUCAGUGUGUGGGCGACCAGUCUACUCAAGCCGCAUUGUGGGCGGUCAGGAGGCCGAGGUGGGGCGCUGGCCUUGGCAGGCCAGCCUCCUCUUGGACCAGACCGCUGUCUGUGGCGGGGCCCUCAUCAGUGACAGGUGGAUUCUGACAGCAGAACACUGCAUUCAAAAGACCUGGAAUGCUUUUUCGUAUAGCGUGUGGCUGGGAUCGAUUAACACUGAAUACUCAAAAAAAGGCGCGGAGUACUUUGUGUCCAAAAUCGUCUUCCAUCCCAAACACCGAAAUAUAACCGCGGACAUUGCCUUGUUGAAACUCUCCUCCAAGGUCACCUUCACUUCUUUCAUCCUACCCAUCUGCUUGCCCGGUAUCGCCAAGCAGCUGACAAUUCCAGCCUCUUGCUGGGUGACAGGAUGGGGCAAAGUUAAGGACAGUUCAGAUAAUUACCCUUCUGUCCUUCGGGAGGCAGAAGUCCCCGUCAUCGAUCGCCAGGCUUGUGAACGACUCUACAACCCAGUCGGCGUCUUCCUGCCAGAGCUGGAGCCCGUCGUCAAGACGGACAUGAUCUGUGCUGGCGACGUCCACAAACGGAAGGACAGUUGCAAGGGCGAUUCUGGAGGACCUCUGUCGUGCCAUAUUGAUGGUGUCUGGGUCCAGAUCGGAGUGGUGAGCAGAGGAGAAGAAUGCGGCCGGCUUCCUGGAAUCUAUGUCAGUGUGCCCUACUACCACAAAUGGAUUUGGACCAUUAUCUCAAGGGCUGAGGUCGUGGGUGCCAACCAUCGGUUUUCGUGGAUGCACUUCUUACUCUCUGUGGCUCUCCUGGGGCCCUUCUGUGCCUCUGGGGCUCACACUGGACCAGGAGAGAAGGCCGUGAAACAGAAGCCACGGCUGAGAACAGGGCCAGGAGAACGUGCACAAUAAAUAAACCCCAGGGCCAGAGAACUUACCGGAGGGUCACUGGGAAUCCUGGAUGACUUUAUUAAU